AACCCAUUCAACCUCCUCUUUUCUCUCUCCCUCUCAAAAUUCGGGAUAUUGAGAGAGGGCACCUCUUUCAAUCCAUCUCAUCAGAUAAUACAUACAAUCAGAAUCAAUUCAUCUUCAGAAGUUAAAGUAAAACAUGGAUCAGCUUAUGGGCAAGUUCGGAAGCUACUGGCUAGGUAACAAAGCCAACAAAGAACUCAAUUCCGUCGGUGAUGAUAUCAACAGUUUGCAAAGCAGUAUUUCUGGGGGAGCAACCUGGUUGGUCAACAAAAUGAAAGGGAAAAUGCAAAAGCCACUUCCUGAAUUGCUGAAGGAGAAUGACUUGCCAGUGGGUAUCUUUCCUCGUGAUGCCACAAACUACGAGUUUGACGAACAGACCAAAAAACUGACGGUAUUCAUACCCGCAAUCUGUGAAGUGGGGUACCGAGACUCGUCCGUUUUGCGAUUUUCAACGAACGUGACCGGGUAUCUGGAGAAAGGAAAGCUAACGGAUAUAGAGGGAUUGAAAACGAAAGUGAUGAUCUGGGUCAAAGUAACCUGCGUCAGCUCGGAAGGAUCGAAGCUUCAUUUCACAGCCGGAUUGAAGAAGACGAGAAGUAGACAAUGUUAUGAGGUGCACAGGGACGGGAUUACGGUCGAAAAGUUCUGAGAGAGAUGUGUUGCCACUUUAAGAUGAUUAUGGUUAUGGUUAUGUUCGUGUUAGGUUAGGUAUGAUGUGAAAACUAUGAACCCUAAUGGCUAAUGGAAGUGUUGUAUGUUUUUGUGGUUGCUUUUGAAAGUGUGGAUGAUGAUGCAUUAAAACUUGUAUAGGCCUUAAAUGUCUCUCUGAUUUAAUG